CUUUAUACCUCUGGACUGCAUAUUGUACAAAUGCGGGGUUCUACAAAUGCGAUCGAGCUCCGGAUGAAACAAUUGUUCUUCAAAAAAUAGGAGAUCUCUGGCUGAAUUUUAAUUUGAAACAUGGGGUGAAAUCUGUAAGAGGAGGGGAGGAAAGAAAGGACUAAAAAAUAACGGUUUAUUUGGAGAGAAACGUUUUACAUGGCGGUGUGAACUGCUACAAGCAAGAUUCAGCCUCUUCAUUAUUUUUAUUUUCUGAAUAUUCUAUUCUAUAAAUAUAAAGUCCACAGGGCAGAGCCCAAAUUUGAUCUUGCAAGGUCUGAGAGAGAGUUGGAAAGCAUGGCUUCUGAUUUCAAAUCCUUUCCAGUGAUAGGUAAUAGCACCUCUCUCUCUCACUUCCAUUCGUGUGAUAGAGUGAUAGCUCGCGGGUUGAGGACGGGAGGUUUGGUGAUCUCGGCUGGUGGUUGGAGCCUCGUACAUCUUGGGGAAGCUUCUUUAAUUUAUGUGCGUCCUCUCUCAAGGAAAUGCAACGAUCCAAAGAUGGCUGAAGAUUCUGGUGUAUUUGAAGUCGUUAACUUGUUGGAUCAGGCUUGUAAAGAGUCUGGUUUUUUCUAUGUGAAAGGCCAUGGCGUACCUGAUCAUAUUGUCCAAGGGGUUAGAGAUUUAUCACAUGAGUUUUUUGGUCUUCCAUAUGAAGAAAAAUUGAAGAUCAAGAUGUCUGCUUCCUCUGGGUACAGAGGAUAUCAAGUAAUGGGGGAGAAUAUAACCCAAGGGAAACCGGAUAUGCAUGAAGCUAUUGAUGCUUACAAGGAGGUAGAACCUGGUAGGUAUGGAGAUCGUGCUGCACCUUUGGAAGGAUCAAACUUAUGGCCAAACCAUCUUCCGAGCUUCAAAGUACUAUUUGAAGAGUAUAUUGAUCAUAUGAAAGAUCUUUCCAGGAUUAUUUUGAAAGGAAUAGCUCUUGCCUUGGGUGGAUCACCAAAUACAUUUGAAGGGGAAAGAGCGGGGGAUCCCUUCUGGGGGAUGCGUAUAAUAGGAUACCCAGAAUGCACUGAUAUUAGGAGAAUUGAGAUGCAAGAUGAUGGUAUUGGAUGUGGAGCACAUACUGACUAUGGUCUUUUGACACUGGUUAACCAGGAUGACGACAUUGCUGCACUUCAGGUGAGGAAUCGCUCUGGUCAAUGGAUUUGGGCUGCUCCCAUACCCGGUACUUUUGUGUGCAAUAUCGGUGACAUGCUCAAGGUUUGGUCAAAUGGUUUGUACGAGCCCACCCUGCAUAGGGUGAUUAACAACUCCCCUAGAUACCGGAUCUCCAUACCUUUCUUCUUUGAGCCGAACUUUGAUGCUGUGGUGGAGCCCUUGGACAGCUGCAAAGAAAUGACAGGUGGGACUGCGAAGUUUGAACCUGUUGUUUAUGGGGAUCAUUUAGCCGGCAAAGUCCUCAACAAUUUUGCCAAAUACGAUUGAUGACAAUGAAUUACUGGAACGGUAAAGGAACAGCUAGCCAACUGUGGAGUAAUCUGCCUCCCACUAGUUGAAGUCUGUGGGCGCCUCAUCUUAAUGUGGAAUGCAACUUAAUGUGACUUGUGCUAGUUCUUAAUGGACUAUUUAUACAUUGUGCUGUGUAUCAUUUCCCUAAAGUAUUUAUUUGCAUCUC